CACCCGGUAAUUGCCGAGUAUGUCCGACAGGGAGAACUGUUUGUAAACAAAACAGUUUUCCUCCGUCAGCUCGUGCACACUGCUUUGGAUGGCUGUGCACAGCCAUGCAAAGCAAUGUGCUUAGAGUGAAGCACACAGACACAGCUUAUAGUAAAACAGCACACAGUUUAACCCUAUGAUCGCUUCUCAUGUUAACCCCUUCCUGCCCAGUGCCAUUAGUACAGUGUCAGUGUUUCUUUUUAGCACUGAUCACUGUAUUGUUGUCACUGGGAUGUCAGUGACACCAAGUCAGUUCCUCCCAGUGUCAGAAUGCUCUUCACAGUCCCGCAGUGCUGCUAUAAGUCGCUGAUCGCCGCCAUUACUAGUAAAAAUUUAAAAAAAAUCCCAGUAUAUAUACCGCCA